AUGGAUACUCCACAUUACGAUCCGGCUUUUUAUGAAGCUUGGAGAAACGGCCAAUUGUCAGACGAACAAGUAAAUCUUCUCACAGACGACCAGUUGACAAAGUACCGACAACACCAAGAAUACCUCAUUGAACACAAAGGCCAUGAGUCACGGCACGAGUUGAUGGCUUUUAUCCUUUUAUUCGCCUUGUUUGCCUCUCAAUUUGUCAUUCUUUGGUGGAAAAAGAAGCAUUAUAAGUCGUAUCAAGCUGUCAGUCUUACGGGUCUGUAUAUCUUUCCGGCGCUAUUUGCAUUGUACGAUGGUUGGCAUCGGUUCCUUUUCGUAUGGAUCAUCUAUUCAUGUUUGAAUGGCUUCAUUAUCUACAAGGCAUCAAGAAAGCCAUUGGAAGCCAUGACCCCACGUAUGGUGUACAAGUGGUAUACGGUGGUCUAUAAUACGUCCUUUGUUGUUGGUGUCAUUGGCUAUAUCAUUAUCAUGCUGGUGUUCUUUGGUCUUGGCGUAUUGUUCUCUGCAGAGGCUGAUUUGAUGCAAGCGGGUAUCUUGUGCUUGAGUUAUGGAUUGUAUUUUGGUGUGCUCGGUCGCGAUUUUGUGGAAAUUUGUACGGAUCGGAUGGCAUCAACGAUUGGCUAUUACUCUGAAAAGGGUCUUCCACAAAAGCAAUUAAGCGACAACAUUUGCGCUGUGUGCGCUCAGCCCACAAGUGUCACUGGAUCUCUCGUUGACCCGCAGCAACCCAUGUUCACAGACGACGAAAUUCAUCAAUUGGCUUGCAAGCACGUGUUCCAUGAAAAAUGUAUUCGAGGAUGGUGUCUUAUUGGCAAAAAGGAUAUUUGCCCUUAUUGCAAGGAGAAGGUCGACUUGAAGCAGUUCAAAAAGAACCCAUGGGAUACCCAGCAACAGUUGUACUUGAACAUCCUAGAUGGUGUGCGAUAUAUGGUGGUUUGGCAACCACUUAUCUUUGGCGCUGUACAAGCCUUUUAUUAUAUACUCGGCCUCAAUUAA